AACAGCCAAAACAAAUCCCAUAAACAUAAAAACAACAAACCCAAUCGAUCCUUAACCUCCACCCCCCUCCCCCUGCCAUUCCCACGACUGACAAACAUGAGGGUCGUUGAAAUUAUUAUAGAUGCAGGUAUCCCCGGAUGGAGAGUGCACCAUGGUGGCGACUAAUGAUGUUAUUCUAGGGCUUCAAAUCCUACGCUGUCCGAACAGUCAUUACCGGAUGGUGAGUCCCUUUGCCUUGCCCGGAAUGUUUUCAAGUUAAAUGUACUCGUAGGGAUGAGAGUUUCAACUCGAUCACCGGCCUCAAUGGUAGCGGCAAAUCGAACAUCUUGGAUGCGAUAUGCUUUGUCCUAGGAAUUACAAACAUGACAACCGUUCGUGCGCAGAAUCUUCAGGUGUGUAACCGCGCCCUCCCUCUAGCUCCCUAAGCCGCUAACUCGGUUACAGGAUCUGAUUUAUAAACGUGGGCAAGCUGGUGUGACGAAAGCGAGUGUUACCAUAGUCUUUGAUAACUCAGACAAAGCGAAGAGUCCUAUAAAUUACCAAGAUUUUGCACAAAUAAGUGUCACUCGGCAGGUAUGGUCCUUGACUGAUCCUGGAGGCUUUUUGGGAGUGGUGCUGAAUCUUCGGGCAGAUUGUAUUAGGGGGGACGAGCAAAUACCUCAUCAACGGCUCCAGAACACAGCAACAUGUUGUUCAGACAUUGUUCCAGAGCGUCCAGCUCAACAUCAACAACCCGAAUUUCCUUAUCAUGCAAGGUCGAAUCACCAAGGUGCUAAACAUGAAGCCUACGGAAAUUCUAUCGAUGAUCGAAGAAGCUGCGGGAACCCGAAUGUUUGAGGAUCGAAGAGACAAGGCAUUAAAAACUAUGUCAAAGAAGGAUAAGAAGGUCGAGGAGAUCAACGAACUUCUGAAGGAGGAGAUUGAACCCAAGCUGGACAAACUGAAAAUGGAUAAACGGGCAUUCUUGGACUUCCAACAAGCGCAGAGUGAUUUAGAACGACUGACGAAGAUUGUCGUUGCGCACGACUAUCUUAAGAACCAGGCAAGUUUUCUCUCCGUUGAGCCGUAGGAUUGGCCCUGACCACCCAAUAGGAGAAAGUCAACCGCUCAGCAGCCGAUCUAGAAGCGAAGAAGCAGCGCGGGAAAGACAUAGACGAUUCCGCAAAGCGACUGAAAUUCGAAAUAGAAAAUCUCGCCGAGGAUAUUAAGAGAGUAAAGCAACAGCGGGAGAGGGAGCUCAGGAAGGGAGGAAAAUUUCAGGCGCUUGAGGAUGAGGUGAAGGAGAUGUCCCACGAAGCUGUUCGACUUACAACUGUCCUCGACCUGAAAUCGAGUAGUAUAAGUGAGGAGAAAAGGAAGCGGAAGGAGAUUGAGAAGAGUGUUAAGGAGAUGGAAAAAUCGUUGGCGGAGAAGACGAGAAUAUAUGAUCAGCUGAAGGAGGGAUACGAUGUAGCGAAGGCUGAAUUCGAUGCCCUGAGCGGGGAGGCUGAGAAAAAGGAGGAGCUUCUGCAGACCCUAUUGACAGGAGUGGCUUCGAAAGAGGGCCAAGAAAGUGGUUAUCAAAAUCAGUUGCAAGGUUAGGGAACUGACCCCAUCCAAGAGACAGGGGAGCUAACAGCUUUGCAGAGGCAAAGUUGCGAGUUAGCGCAGCGGCAACGGAGCAAGAACAAGCUAAGCUGAAGAUAUCCCAUUUUGAGAAGAGGAUCAAAGAAGAGGAGCCAAGGGCAAAGAAGGCCAAGGAGCAGAACGCAACGCUUUACAAGGAGUUGGACGGUCUGCGAGCAGCUGCAAAGAAGCUUGAGGCGGACUUAAACAAGCUUGGAUAUCAGGGUGGAAAGGAGGAAGACAUGCACAAGCAAGAGGCAGCUUUGCAGACCGGGAUUAGGGAGCUUCAGGAACAAGCCGAUGGCCUGAAGCGGCGAGUCGCUAACAUCGAUUUCAACUAUACUGAUCCUGCUCCGAACUUUGACAGAUCAAGAGUCAAGGGCUUAGUCGCGCAAUUGUUCACUCUUGACGAGGACAAAGCGGAGGCAGGGACUGCUUUGGAGAUCACUGCUGGGGGAAGGCUGUACAAUGUUGUUGUUGACACACAAGUCACGGGUACCCAGCUGCUGGAGAAUGGGCGGUUAAGAAAGCGGGUUACAAUCAUUCCCCUCAAUAAGAUUGCAGCAUUCAAAGCUUCUGCCGAGGUAACUUAGAUUUAUGAAUAUCUAUGGCCAGGACCACGCUAACUGCUGAUGAUAGAAAAUUGCGACUGCUAAACGCCUAGCUCCUGGAAAAGUUCACCUGGCCCUCUCACUGAUAGGCUAUGAUGAAGAGAUAUCUGCGGCGAUGGAGUUCGUCUUUGGAUCUACACUUAUCUGUGCGGAUUCCGAGACGGCUAAGACAGUCACAUUUGACCCCAAUGUUCGGAUGAGAUCGGUGACUCUUGAGGGUGAUGUCUACGAUCCUUCCGGAACCUUGUCAGGAGGAUCUGCGCCGAACUCUAGUGGAGUUUUGGUUACCCUUCAGAAGCUCAAUGGCUUGAAUCGGCAAAUCGAACAACACCGUACGGAGCUGCUCGAGCUACAACAGAUAAUGGCCAGAGAGAAAAAGAAGAUGGAUAUGAUUAAGAAGGUUAAGCAAGAGCUGGACCUGAAGAAUCACGAGAUUGGCUUAACGGAGGAGCAGAUUAACAGUAAUUCUUCAUCUAACGUACGGUUCUAGUUUUGCAUUGCUCUUUUUUUUCACGAAUGGGUGGUAGCUAACUAUUUUUGGCAGAUCAUUCAAGCUGUCGAAGAGAUGAAAGAGAACAUUGUGCAGUUGAAAAAAGAGAUCGCCGAGGCGAAGGCACAUCAAGCCCAAGCCAAAACCGAUGUGAAGAAUAUCGAGCGAGAUAUGAAUGAGUUUAAGAAUAAUAAAGGUGGAAAGCUUGCUGAGCUCCGAACUUCAGUUGAAGCUUUGAAGAAGCAGGUCAGCAAGCAAUCGCAGGCUAUGAAAGCCAUGCAAAAGGAGUAUCAGGGCGCACAGCUUGAAAGAGGUAACUCUCAAUUCAGGAUCUCCUUUCAGUGCAUCUCUGAUCCCCAGUUUUAGAGCAAGCUGGAGGCGACCUUGCAGCUUCCCGAGAGCAGCUCGAGGAGGUAGAUACGGCACUUAAGGCUAUGCAAGACGAAGUCGCCGGACUCGAAAAAGAACAGGCCAAGAUCAAGGAUCUUCAUGAUGUAGCACUCGCCCAACUCGAAGAUGAGCGCGCCAAGCUCACAGGUUUUGACGAAGAGCUUAGAGAGCUUGAGAAUGCUACUCGCUCCAAAAACGCGCGUAUCACCGAAGAUUCUCUAGAAAAGCAAAAGCUUGGCCACGAAAUCGAAAGGUUCCACAAAGACCAGCAAACUGCAACGGAGCUGGUAGCUAGAAUGGAGCGCGAGCACGAGUGGAUCGAAGACGAGAAGGAGCAAUUCGGCCGCCCGGGAACACCCUACGACUUCAAGGGCCAAAACAUCAGCGAGUGCCGUUCCUCACUCAAGAAACUCACUGAGCGGUCUCAGAACAUGAAGAAGAAGAUCAAUCCCAAGGUUAUGAACAUGAUCGACUCUGUCGAGAAGAAGGAGCAAGCCCUUAAGAACAUGCUGCGGACCGUCAUCAAGGACAAAAAAAAGAUUGAAGAUACCAUCCUCAGUCUGGACAAGUACAAGAAGGAGGCGCUCGAGAAGACCUGGAAGAAAGUCACGGGAGACUUUGGCCAGAUAUUCGCGGAACUUCUUCCAGGCAGUUUCGCAAAAUUAGAGCCACCGGAGGGAAAAGAUGUCUCUGCUGGUCUCGAAGUCAAGGUGUCUCUCGGAAAGGUCUGGAAACAGAGCCUGACGGAAUUAAGUGGUGGACAACGGUUAGUCCACUUCUCCCCCCACCCCUCUCAUUCGCUAACACGACGGAAAAAAAAUGCUAGAUCCCUGAUAGCCCUCUCCUUGAUCAUGGCCCUCCUCCAAUUCAAGCCAGCCCCCAUGUACAUCCUCGAUGAAGUAGAUGCAGCACUGGAUCUCUCGCACACCCAGAACAUAGGAAGACUAAUCAAGACGCGUUUCAAGGGGUCACAAUUCAUUGUGGUCAGCUUGAAGGACGGCAUGUUCCAGAACGCGAAUCGCGUGUUUAGGACCAGGUUCGUUGAUGGGACUUCGGUCGUCCAGAUUAUGUAGUGUUAGUUAGCACCACCGGUAGUAGUGGUGGUGGUGGUGUCGUUCUUGGCUUCUUGCGUGCUCGCUUUUUUGUGUUUCAACUUUGUAGAGAUUUUAUGAUUAGUACGAUACUGAUGGUUUAUGGUUUCUAUGUUUGGCUCAUUUUCUUUUUCCACCUCUUCGGAUAUUUUGAAUGGGUUAUGAUGAGAUUUCCAGGUACAAUAUGAUACGUGGCGGGAAUUUUUGUCAUGCACUUGCUUUUGGUUAAUUUGCUCGCGAUAGUUGGACGAUAUACUCGUAGCGCUGUACUAGGACUGGUAAAUCUUACCUUUGGGGAGUAAUGUUAUAAAAGCUGAUAAAGUUGUCUCUUAAUUACUACAUCACUGAAUGCGAGACCCAGGAAGUAUCAUACAG